AUGGCAGAAGAUGAGCUGGAAGAACGACGCCAAGCCGAGCUGGAAUUUGUGUCGUCGGCAUAUGCUCCCGAGGAAGCAUGGUGUAGUACCACCCAAAAGGAAGCCAAUCUCCUAGUACAUCGUCGACUGCAGCUUACCAACGGCAAGGAUGAUGCCCUACUAGAAGUCGUCUUGACCCUCACCAUGACAUCAGGAUAUCCCGCCGUGGCUCCCUUGGAAAUAUCCUUUACCCUGGAACCCGGCGGCAGCGCCCAGCUCAUCAAGGCUGCCUUUAAUGGCAUGCCUCAAAUGGUCGCGGGCUGCACCGAGGUGGCUCGAUCAUUGGUGGGAGAAGAGGCUUUGUUUGCCGUUCUGAGUCAUGCCGAGGAGUGGAUUGCCGAGCAAUGGCCACAAUUCUGUACGACAGCAGCCGCUACUAGUAGUACCACUGCAACCACUGCUGACCCUUCCCACAACAGCAAUGUUCUGGGCAGACGGUUGAUUUACUCGCAUCACAUCAUUUCCAAAGUGAAACGAGCCAAUCUCAAAGACUUGGCAUCUCAUUAUCAAUUGACGGGCUAUGUCAAGAUUGGUUGGCCGGGUCUCAUCAUUAUUGAAGGACCGGAACAUCACUGCCAAUACUUUUACGACGACAUUAAACAAUGGGCCUGGAAGUAUCUCGUGGUACGAGGGGAACAACAAGAAAAGGGAAACAAUCUAGAUGCCUUGCGAAAGUUUGACCAGUUUUGGGAAGUCAGUGACAUGUCCAUGGUGGCAGAUCAUUGUCGCCAAGUCGGUUUGGAAUCGCUCUUUCGGACCAGCAUGAAGGUAUACGACAAUAACAAUAAGAGCAAUGGGGAAGCUGGGGACCACGGAGAAGAAGAAGAAGAACAGCCGUAUGGGGCACUGGUAUGGGUCGAUCACAUGAACAACGGCAAGUCGUAUCGGAAAUGGUUGCGAAAAACGAGCACAGACACGGGUGCCAUGAUGCUGGUGAAACAAUGCUAUCCGAACCACGAUUUCAGCAAACGACCGACCAUUUUGGUGGCCCUUGUGGGGGAACGGACUGCCGUGCAGGACUUUAUGAAACGAUGGCGGACCAGUCGAGUGGAUGUCGACAGCAAGGGCAAACCUUGUCUGGAACGGAAAAUGACUGUGCUGCACGAAGGGAUUCUGGUGGAUAGUACUGGCAGUGUUGGCAAUGUCGACUGGGAUACGGCAUCCAGCGAAGAUCACAUCAACGUGAGCCAAGAGCAAUUGCUGGGGCUCAUGGCACAGUUUGAGAAUCCAGAAUGGGACCAAGCUUGUGAAUCCUUGCUGGCGGUGUCCUCUGAAAAGGCAUGA